UGAGCGUAAAGAGUUUAGACUAACGGAAAAUGUAGUGACUUAUCGUGUAUUGUAUGAUACAGAUGUUCUUGUAUAACAGUAACAAAUGUUCCGUUUUGGACAUGAUCCCCUAAUACCCAUUGCAUAAACGAUUGUCUAGUGAGUAGUGUGGUGUAACCAGCGUUCGAACCUGUGACCCUCCGAACUCUACAGUCGGUAGACAGCUGCAGGCGCUCUACCAUUUGAACUACAACGAUUGACCCAUCAAGUUCUGCUACAUUCCUCCCUCCUUUUUCUAAAUAUCCAUACGCCAUGUUGAGCCGGUGCAAAAUGCCGUGGGUAUUGUAUCGACUUGCGACCAGCCCCACACUGCAAACUCAAAGACAUGGCAGGAUAAUGGAACUGAGACAGUUCUGUUGGACAAGACAAUGUUUGCUGGCAAGGCAGCGUUCUACCGAGUCAAAACCCAAUACUCAAAGUCAUCGAAACCCUUCAAACAACCUGCAUCCAAGACGUGAGAAAAAAGUUUACCAGAAUAUUCAUCCAAGUGCAUAUAAAGUGGAGUCUUCCAACUCGUCUCGGCGUACAGAGACACCAUUUCCCAAUCAACCGACGCCAGAUAUUGAAGAGGCCGCAUUUGACGAUGCAUACUUUAAAAACCUGCGCAUAGCAGAUAAGGUUCCAGCAAGCCACUCGCUUAUCUAUAUGGAUUCUCAUCAGCGUUUUACUUUGACCAUCUUUACAGGAGCGAAAACUGUCUUCAGUGUUUUACAAAUGAUGGUAGUACGUUCUUUGUAUGAACAAUGGCAAGGAAUGACCAGCUUAGGUCUCGAAACUUCCUCCAUAGCAUCGGAUCCCAGAACUGUACUCACAGCUCUUGCAUCCGUAUUUAUUACAGUUGCCAUAGUCCUACUACAGGUAGACAGCAGAAAACGUAUCUUUCGAAUUUAUAAGGAAAAGACACAAGAAGACAAAUAUAUUGCUAUUAAAUCGAACUGGGUUUUCUGGACGAAACAUCAUCCUUUUACUGGUGAGGAAGUGAAAUAUAUUUCUGACUGGGAUAAGUCUGUGUACGGUAUAGUUGCCGGUAACUUUGCCAUUAAAGGCAAAAGAUACAGAAUGGUUCCAACCUAUUUCAAAGAGUUAAGCUUGUACAAUGACUUGUGUGGAUUUGGAAAAGAUAGUUUUUUUAAAUAAAUGAAAAAAGAUG